GAUAAAUUGUGCCGUUGCUACGAGGAGUCAGUUCAGAAGUGUUCACCAUAUGAGAAGGGUGACUGCAGCCCAAUCAUAUCCAUAUGCUCGAUACGCAUGCAGCCUUGCCCUGGAGGCAAGGAAACCCCCUCUUCACUCCCCAUCUACAUAUUUUCCAACUGCAUACCUACCCUCCCAACCGCCCUCUACAACCCCAACCCCUCCCCCAAAAAGAGCCUAAAAAGAAGUAAGAAAAAUGACAGACCUGCCCCAAAUCCUCCACCAAAUCCGCACCCAGCAGAUCCAACGCAUCGUCGUCCUCGUGGGCGCGGGCAUCUCCACCGCAGCGGGGAUCCCGGACUUCCGCACUCCCGGGUCGGGUCUCUACGACCAGCUGCAACCCCUCCGCCACCUCCUCCCCUACCCGGAGGCCCUCUUCAGCCUCAGCUACUUCAAGCACACGCCGGAGCCCUUCUACGCGAUCGCGCGGGCCCGCCACCCGCGCACCUUGCGCCCAACCCGCACGCACGCCUUUCUGCUGUUACUGAGUCGCAAGAACCUGCUCCAUUUCCUGUUCACGCAGAACGUCGACGGUUUGGAGGCGGAGGUGGGGAUCCCCGCGGAUAAGACGUUGAAUGUGCACGGGAGCUGGCGCGCGGGCCAGCGGUGCUGGAAGUGCGGGACGGCGUGUCCAGACUCGCAAAUGCGGGAGGCGGUUCGGAUGGGCGCGGUGCCGUAUUGCUCGGUGGCUGAGUGUGAGGGGGGCGUGGUGAAGCCCGAUGUCGUGUUCUUUGGCGAGGAGAUCCCCCCCGAGUAUGCGGAGCGGGAGGCGGUGGUGCGCGAGGCGGAGCUUAUGUUGGUGCUGGGGACGAGUUUGAAGGUCGCGCCGUGUUCGCAAUUACCCCGGUUGGUGCGGGAGGGGGUGCCCCGGGUUUUGGUGAAUCGGGAGGCGGCGGGGGAUCUGGGGAAGAGGCCCGGGGAUGUAUGUGUGCUGGGAGACUGUGACGAUGGGGUGUGCGAGUUGGCGGAGGCGUUGGGGUGGAGGGGGGAGUUGGAGGAGGUGUGGAGGGAUGCAGUUAGAAGGGUGGAGGUGCAGUUGGAGCAGGAGAAUUGGGGGGAGGAGGUGAGUUUGGAGGUGCUCGUGGAGCAAUAUGCGAGGUCGGUGGCGGAUGCGAGGUUGGUGUUGGGGGGUCAUCGACGGAUGUUGGAGAGUCAUCUGGGGGAGAAGUUGGCGAGUAUUCGGGGCAGGGAUUAGGCUUGGCUUAACUGUACAGUAUACCAGUAUACACCUGGCGUAGAGUCACAUUAUGCUAGCACUGUGACGGUCGUCAUUACUUAGUCUCCCUUAGGUAUUCAGUCCGGCCUUUGAGUGGGUGACAUAUCGCAUUCCGCGACGCCAUGUGUUCUAGAUAUAGGGCAUUGAGUCACAAAUGAGUCCAGAUGGCCGGUGUGGUUGACUAUGACUU